AUGAUUACUCAUUGCAGAUUACUCAUUGCAACUGUCGUACAGGCUACGUAAAUACGUAUUGGACUGCCUACAUACAAUAACUUAGUUCGACGACUGCAACUGAGCGCCCCUCACAUUCACUCUUGACCUUUCCUUACUUAAUAUUCGUGUGCUUCUGUUUAAAUGAGCAAGUUUCUGUAUUUCUAGUCUGUUUAUAACAAAGUGAACAAAGAAACAAUGGCGCAUCAACGGAAAAGUUUGGUUAUUUUUAUAUUUCUCACGGUGCUCGUGUUUGUGUUUGCGUUGCCGAGAGACGCAACCGUCUUUGACAGCCAACACUCUGAGGUGGCAAUCGAAAAGUCUACUCCGAAAAUAGAUUCCUCAGAUGUUAAGAUUCCUGGGCGGAUAUGGUGCGAGUUCGAAGAAGCAACAGAGACUGCGAUUUGUCAGGAACAUUGUCUUCCCAAAGGCUAUUCUUAUGGAAUAUGUGUUAGUAACACUUGCAGUUGCAUUUAAAAAGGAUACAUUUUAGUUAAUGCCAAAUAAAAUAUGUAUAAACA